GACGACGACGACGACGAUAAAGACGAUAAGAAGAUCAAAAGUUAGGGGGGUAAAACGCGAGGGCACUUGAGGCCCCAUGUCGUUGUGAGCCACAGAGGACUGCCUUGGCAGGCAGAGCCUCCCUGUAUACGGGCAUGGAGUAUGGCAGUGGAGGGGGUGGCGGGGGCGGCGGCGGCGGCGGUGGUAGUAGUGGUCGUGUGGGUGUACAGCCACCGACUGCUGGCGCCAGGGGCAUUGUUGCUGGGACGGAUACAACUGACGCCGCGUGGCAUAAACACGAGCAAAUGAUGAUUAUGGAGUCAAGGCAUAAGCAGCAACUGAGCGGGAGGACGGUGACGGGCGGUGCGCCUCUUUACGGGCGACUGGUUGCCGAGGAGCCAUUGCCCGGGGCAGUCUGCGGGGCCGGCGCCGGGGGCGGCUCCGGGGUCAUGCCGCAGGAGACGCCCGCCGACAUUCACGCGAUGCAGGCACGGAUACCACACAGGUUUCGUGACCCGGCCACAGCGCCCCUCAGGAAACUCAGCGUCGACCUCAUCAAGACCUACAAACACAUCAACGAGGUAUAUUAUGCCAAAAAAAAGAGAAGAGCGCAACAGAUGCAAGGCGAGGACGGGUCACAUAAGAAGGAGAGGAAGCUGUACAAUGACGGUUGGGACGACGACAACCACGACUACAUUAUCAAGAAUGGGGAAAAGUUCCUCGAUCGAUACGAAAUCGAUUCUUUAAUAGGUAAAGGCAGCUUUGGUCAAGUAGUAAAAGCAUUUGAUCACGAAGAACAAACCCAGGUCGCAAUUAAAAUCAUCAAGAACAAAAAACCUUUCCUCAAUCAAGCGCAAAUCGAAGUUAGGUUAUUAGAAAUGAUGAAUAGAGCUGAUACCGACAACAAGUAUUAUAUAGUUAAACUCAAGAGGCAUUUCAUGUGGCGGAACCAUUUGUGUUUGGUAUUCGAGCUACUAUCGUACAACCUUUACGAUUUACUUAGAAAUACGAAUUUCCGAGGUGUAUCGUUAAAUUUGACAAGAAAAUUCGCACAGCAACUUUGUACUGCCCUUCUCUUUUUAUCUACGCCAGAAUUGAACAUCAUUCAUUGUGAUUUAAAGCCUGAAAAUAUCCUUUUGUGCAAUCCAAAGCGAAGCGCAAUAAAAAUUGUGGAUUUUGGUAGUUCGUGCCAACUUGGACAAAGAAUAUAUCAGUACAUACAAUCUAGGUUUUAUCGAUCACCUGAAGUGUUAUUAGGAAUACCAUAUGACCUCGCGAUAGAUAUGUGGAGUUUAGGUUGUAUUUUAGUUGAAAUGCAUACAGGCGAGCCUUUGUUCAGUGGAGCUAACGAGGUUGAUCAAAUGAACAAAAUCGUCGAAGUGCUAGGUAUGCCACCGAAGCAUAUAUUGGACCAAGCGCACAAAGCGCGGAAGUACUUUGAUAAGGUUCCCACGGAUGGCUCGUACGUAUUAAAGAAAUCCAAGGAGGGAAAGAAGUACAAGCUACCAGGUACAAGACGACUACAUGAUAUAUUAGGCGUUGAAACGGGUGGCCCAGGAGGUAGAAGGCACGGCGAGCCAGGACAUUCUAUCUCUGACUACCUCAAGUUUAAGGAUCUGAUAUUAAGAAUGCUAGACUUUGAUCCCAAGACACGAGUUACGCCUUACUAUGCGUUACAGCACAACUUUUUUAAAAGAACGGCUGACGAGGGGACCAACACAAAUAUCGCCGCUGCAAAUAGUGCCAACACCAGUCCGGCCGUUGUGUCAAUGAAUCAAGACCAUGGACUGGUUAGCAUGUCUGGACAGGGCAGCAGUAGCAGUGGUGGCGCCGUUAGCGUCAACAUUAGCGGGAGUGGCAGCGGCAAUAAUGGCGGUACAGGCAGCAGCUUGCUUCAUGCACCUCAAAGCCUUAGCUCCGGUUCGAGCUAUCAACCAAUGGAGUGCGAGUCCUCACCGCGACAUACCCUCGGAAUCAGCAGACGACCGACAGCCACCUCGAAUACGAGCAGCAGUGGCAACUCGAUAACAGCAUCCAUGGACGGUGGAAAUGGAAGCGGCAGCAGUAGCUCCCUUAUACAGAAUUCCCUUGGCUCGUAUAACAGCCUCAUCCUUCCUAACAUUCCCCAUCUGCCGGCGGCGAUGAUGGGCUCGCCAAUGUCCGGCAUCCAUCACCACCAGCAGCCCAGCUUUUACAACUACGCGGGCUAUGGCAGUGGGUCCGAAGGCCACAGGCAAGUGGUCGUGCCGUCGCAAGUGGUAGUGACCGGUGGUAAGCAGCGCGGCGACGCCGAAAGGGAGGACAGUCCGAUGGUGGGUGUGUGCGUGCAGCAGAGCCCCGUAGCCAUUCAUUGAUCAUUGUCGUCCAAUGGUUUCAUGGGCUCCUCGCCUCGCCGACACGAUAGACGCCUAUACGGGCAGAAGAUGGGCCGUGAUAUACAUUGACGGUUCGUGCUGCUUACUUCAGUCUUCUUUGGAUUCUUGAUCAUCCCUUGGCUACUACGCUUGUGCGACGUUUUUAUUUUAAAGGAUUCUCGUUUGCCUUUUUCCUUUCGAGUGUUCGUUUUGAUUGUUCUAGGAGUUUCAAUGAGAAUUUUGAAGUCUCAUUUUACUCCCGAGCUUUCAGUUUCGUUUCGAUUGUUUAAUGUUGAUGGUUUGCUAGAAUUCUUUUCGCUGCCUCGGCCAAGGAGAGACACUUUUAUUAAACGUGCAAUGUCUCGAGUUUUCUAUGGAUCUGUAUUGCAGUGAAAUGCAUAAAUACUUACAAGGAACAAUUGUAUGGUUCUUUUAGUAAGUUACAGAUUUGUCAAAAUUACACAAAUUUGAAUAAAGUGCAAAAAGUAUGGGGAUGGUACUCAAUGUAGUCUCAGAAAGUUUCAAUUCUGCUUACCUACGAAACAAUAAUUUUGCUCGAAAAAAGUUACCAAUUAUGUUAUAAAACAAUAAUUCCAAAUAUUUAAACCUUCGUCGGCACAUAAAAAAAAAAAAAAAAAAUUCAAAUACCGAUAAAUUAGGCAGACCUCUUGAUCAGCCCACAGGAAAGAAGCCUCUUGAUCUUCGUUUUCUUACCUCACGACGCUGCAUUGACUUUUAAAUAAAAACUCAUCGUAAGAAGAGAGACAAAUGUGCGUGCGUGACCGCCUCGAUCGAAAGCAAUAAGUGCAAAUAUGCCUAUACGUGCAAAAAAUGGAAAAUAAGAAGAAGCGAAAAGGCUGACAAUCACGACAACGAAAGAUCUAACUGAAGAAAA